UAAUUCCUUUAGCAGAAUGCAAAAAAACAUGGUUCGCUUCCUUUCUACCAAUACCAUCCGAUCCACGAGUAACUCAAUUCGAAGAAUGGAGUUAACUCCAUGGGAUCUCAAUUUCCUCUUGCAGGAGCAUAUGCAAGGUGGCCUCCUCUUCCAUCUCAAACCUCAACAUUUACAAGAACAAGCUCAUCAUCUACCUCAAAACGAUGUGAUUGAUCGCCUAAAGGCCUCCCUCUCCCGCACACUGGACAUUUUCUAUCCCCUUGCCGGCCGCCUCGUCAUGAUCGAAAACGACGAUAAGACCGCCAGUUUCUUCGUGGAUUGCAAUAAUCAUGGAGUCCAGUUCGUCCAUGCAGUUGCAGAUGGUGUCACUGUAGCCGAUAUUCUUGACCCCAUCUACGUUCCACAAAUUGUGGAAUCCUUCUUUCUUAUGAAUCGUGUUCUCAACUACGAAGGCACUAAUUCCAAGCCGUUGCUCUCUGUUCAAGUAACCGUCCUUGUCGAUGGCUUCUUCAUCGGUUGUUCACUAAACCAUGCUGUUGCCGAUGGCGCCUCAUUCUGGCAUUUCUUCAAUACUUGGUCUGAAAUCUCCCGGGGUUCCUAUGACGUUAAAUCGACACCGCUCCCAAUAUUCGAACGUAGUAGCUUUUUUGACGGUAUCAUCGACUUCCCCAUCCACAUACCAAACCCUUACAAAGAAAAUGUUGAGAGGGUCGUUCAUCCACCGCUGCAACAGAGGUAUUUCCAUUUUCCAAAAGAAAAGACAGCAGAACUUAAAGCAAAGGCCAACGCUGAAGUGAACACUAACAAGAUCUCGUCUUUGCAAGCACUAUUGGGUUAUUUUUGGCUAUCCAUAACUCGUAGUCGUCGUCUGAAUGAUGAUCAAGAGGUUCAGUACCUGAUUGCUGUGGGGGCGAGGCAAAGAAUGCACCCGCCAUUGCCGAAUCAGUACUUCGGGAAUGCGGCCCAAGCGGUGAUGGUCACAAGCACAGCAAGAGAUCUAAUACAACACGGACAUGGUUGGGCAGCUUGGCAUAUAAAUAAUUUGCUUGCUUCGAAAAUUGCAGAAGAUCAGAGGAAGUUCUUGGUUGAUUGGUCAAAAAACCCUAGGAUGGUAAAGUUUAGUGGCAUGAGAAGUGCUAAACUGCUCACCGGAAACUCCCCUCGAUUCAAUGUGUACGGUAAUGAUUUUGGUUGGGGAAGGCCGGUCGCAGUGCGAAACGGUGUUUCGCUAAAAUUCGAAGGGAAUUUGACGGUGUUCCCUGGGAAGGAGGAGGGUAGCAUUGAUUUCGAAGCUUGCCUUUUGCCGGAGACAUUGGAUGCGAUGGCGAAGGAUGCAGAGUUUAUGCAGAAUAUCACCUCAUGAAAUUGUCGAUACAGAUCGAACAAUGAUGGUGGAAUAUUAAUUACUAGCCUUUGAGUCGAUAAAUAAAUACUGGUGAACUCAAAGAAAAUUAAAUAAGAGAAAUAAAUGUUUAAUUUCCAAACACUGGAUGGAUGCCUAUUAUAAUUAGUCUUGUUCGUCCACAUGAUCCCAGUCCAUUCGAUUUCAUGGAA